AUGGCGACAACUAGCUGCGUCCAGGUGAGUUGUCGGUUCCGGGGCUCCCCAGAUAUCGACACUGAAGCGGCGGCGGCACCGUGGCUUGACUUUCCCGACCCACACACGGUGCUCGUGUCCCAUGCUAAAGGACACGCAUCGCGGCACUCGUCGUUCGCGCGGGUGUUUUCGGGGGAAGCGACGCAGGACCAAGUGUUUGAGCACGUAGGGGCCCCUGUGGUCAACGACCUCUUACUGGGGUACAACUACACUGUCUUGGCGUAUGGGCAAACUGGCAGCGGCAAGACACACACGAUUGUCGGCUCCAAGACGGACCCUGGACUCCUCCCACGGCUCGUGCAACGCGUGUUUGACUCGAUAUCAGAGCUGGGUGAAGAGGAAGCGAUUGCCGUGACCACGAGUUGCUUUGAAGUGUACCAAGAACGAAUCGGCGAUUUGCUCACUCCGUCCAACGUGAGUUUGCGGGUGCGCGAAGACAAAGAAAAGGGGAUCUGGGUUGAAGGAGCUACUGAUUUGGCCGUGACGUCUACAGCUGCAGCCAUGAAGGCCAUCCAACGGAGCAUUGCAAAUCGAUCGACUGGGGGCCACCUCAUGAAUGCCGAGUCCAGCCGCAGUCAUUGCAUCUUCGUCUUGACGAUCACACGGCCAACGACGGCAGGUCUAAAGCAAACAGGGAAGCUCUUUGUCGUCGACUUGGCUGGGUCCGAAGUUGUGCGCAAGACUGCCGCGACUGGCAAACGCUUGGACGAAGCCAAAUACAUCAACAAGUCGUUGACUGCACUGGGGCUUGUUAUCAACGCCCUAACGGACGGCAAAUCCAAGCAUGUUCCGUAUCGAGACAGCAAGCUUACGCGUUUGCUUCAACAUUCACUGGGGGGCAAUGCCAAGACGCACUUGGUCUUGACGUGCUCCAGCAGCAUCGACAACCUCGAAGAGACGCUGUCAACGAUUCGAUUUGGUUCCCGUGCACAACACAUUCAAAACGCGCCGCACGUGAAUGCAGAGAAGAACGUGUCCGAGUACAAGCAACUGUUAGCUGAGAUGGAGCGAAAGGUCGAAGCGUUGUCGCAGUACGUUGCGCAGCUGAGCAAUAGCUCUGCCGCCGGCCCCACAACGUGCGAUCGUUGCCGCCAGCAAAUGAAUUCCCCAGCGAGCGACCCGCCAGAGCAAUCCCAAGCAGCUUCGUCUUCCUCUCCCUCAGCACCACAUGACGACGAAGCACCUCCUUUGUGCGCCGUGUGCCACAUCGCCAGCAAUGACUUGAUCUUGUGCGAUGGGAAUUGCGGACUGUUUUGGCACCGUGCAUGCGUGACAGAGCCCGUGAGGAAUGACGACAACAUUGACGAGAACCAUCUCGAGUUCUACUGUCCAUCCUGCCAGCACGGCAUUGCCACCGAUCCGGGCAAGGCUGUUCAACACGAAAUCACAUGCCUCAAGCAAGCCUUGCACCUUAUGAAACAAGAACGAGACGAAGCUGCCGAGCGCGCCAACAUCGACAAGCACGUGUACGAAUUUGCCGACCUAAAGAAGACCGAUGUUCACCGGCAACUGGCAGACACCAUUGCAGACCAAGAGUCACGCAUUCAAUCGUUGCUGGAAGAGCACGAACUCAUGCAGAGACAAGUUCACGAAUCCAACCAGCAAUGUCUUGCCAAAGACAAAGAUAUGUUGGCCAUACAACGUGCCCAUCAGGUCGUCCUGGACCAGAACCAGGCCGAGCUCGAUAUCGUCCGGCGCACACUUGACUCGUACGAACGAGACCAUGAGCGGUUCCUUGGCCAAAUCCACGACCUGCAUAUACGCUUGGCAGCGGCCGACGCAAGGUCGAGAGAACACCAAGACAAACUCGAAGAAUGUCGCGUCGCUCUCGCGCGGCGCGAUGAAGAAUCGACACGGGUCAAUCGACUGGCGCACUCCCAGUCGUUUCCAGUCCUGGUGAAACCCACCGCAUCAUCGCCCCCGAAGCUUCCCCUCCGCCCCGUCACAGUCGUCGGCAGCAGCAACUCGAGCAGCAGUGCUGGCGAAGACUCUCGCAUGCACCUUCAGUCGCGAGGGAACAUUCAACAGUGGUGGUCUGGUCCCCAAGACGCUUCUGGCGGAGCCAUGGCUACUCUGUGCAUGAAGGCGGACGAUCUCGUGGUGCAUAAUAACCUUGCAGACGAUAUCCCUCCUGGCGACAGCUCCAAGCCGUUCAAGGCCCGACUGGUUGGGCUACUGGCGUCACUGCAGGAAGAAACGGAUGCGUUCAAAGACCUUGGCGACAAAAUUAACCAGGAGAACUCAAGGCAAAAGACGAGGCAGCGAACACGACGGACGAGGCGGCUCCUCCCCGACUUACAAGCGUCGGACGAGUUCAUCGAGUCCGUGACAGGACCACAGCGAUAA